AUGGCCAGAAGCUCAAUCAUCACUCUAGCUACUGCAGCUCUAUUGGCAACGACUGCCAAUGCUCAGUUCGGGUACGGAUGGGGAGGAGGAUGGGGCAAUGGAAACGGAAAUGGCUGUCCUCCUUGGGCCAGCGAUUGUGACAGCUCCGACGAUAGCGGCGAUGGUAGUGGCUCUUCGUCUUCGAACGGCAUCUCCCAAAGCUCGCUUUUCUCCUCACCAGCAGCGUUCGAUCACGCAACUCGCAUCCUGAUCGCUCACGCUGUGCUGGCCUCUGCAGUCUGGGUCCUCUUUGUCCCGUCACUCGCUAUCCUACUACGCCUAAACAUCAAGAAUCCUAUUGUGCUCAAGAUCCACGCCGUGGGCCAAAUCCUCAGCUACAUUAUCUUCAUCGUCGCUGCGGGCAUGGGCAUAUGGCUUGCACAGCAGUCUGCCGCCUUCGGUGUUUGGAACGACCCUCACCCGAAGCUUGGUCUUGCGAUCCUGGCAUUGGCUUUCUUUCAGCCAAUUUUCGGAUCUCUCCACCAUUCAAUCUACAAGAGACGUGCUCAGAACGUCCAAGCCGGCAAGCCAACAAAAGCCCCUGGCCGGACUACCCCUGGACGUGUCCACCUGUGGCUCGGUAGGCUUCUGAUUGUGCUCGGGAUGAUCAAUGGCGGCUUGGGCAUCAGGUUAGCAUCCUUCAGCCCAUUUCAGACCGAUGGUACCUCCACCAAGGCCAAGAUUGCCUAUGGUGUCAUUGCAGCAACCAUGUUUUUACUCUACCUUGUGUUUGUGGUCACCUUUGAGAUCAGGAAGUCGAGGGCGAGCACGGAGGAGGUGCGAAGUAGACAGCAGGUGGUCGCCAACAAGGAUGGGUUGCCCUCAUAUGACGAGAGCGAGGAAUCUGUGGGCAGACCCAGCAGAUACAGCUAA